CAAAAAGCAGCGAGUGGGAGCCGGGUCCUGUGCAGAGCUGGGCUGAGACGGCAUCUCCCAGUGCAGGACAAUGAAGCCGCUGAAGCUUUUUGGGAUGUUCUUCUUCUGUGGGCUGCUUUCUCCUACCCGGGGGUCCCUGUCUGGCCUGUCCUGUGCCAUCAGUACCAGAGCCAUACAACAAGUGAUGUCUGAUACCAUGGUUAAGAGCGGGCUCUUCCAGAAGCACCUGCAGGACCUGGUGCUGCCAAACAUCAUGAGUGACGGGGGUCUGCUGAACGCCCCCACCAUCAUCACGGGGCUGCACCUGGAGCGGUGCCGGAUGCCCACGCUGUCGGUAGCGCUGCUGCAUGGCAUUGGGAUGCAGCUGGCCAUCAAUGUGCGCCUGGAUCUCAGUGGCAACUGCUUGAUCGGCCUUCUCUCUGAGGUAGUCUUUAUCUCCCUGGAUGUGACCAUUACCACAAACAUCAAAUGCACCAAUUUCGAGUUGGGUGCAUUCCAGGUCAUUGUUGAUGACUGCUUCUGCAUUCUUGGUGCUGUAAAGAUCAAGCUGCUCUCUGGCUUACUGUCCCUGUCAGUGCAUGACAUUGUGCUCAACCACCUGACAGCAACUCUGCCUGGUUUGCUGUGUCCAGUGUUGGAUAUUGUUCUCAAGAUAGUGAACAUCCAGCUCGUGGGCACUCUGGAUGUGGUGGUCCCGAUUGGCUCGAAGGGAACGGUUCACUUCCACCCGGCUGGCCCACCAUUCACCUCCGGUUCAUCCCUGAUGAUGGAUUUAGAUGGCACAGUGCAGCAGAUGGGAGGCAGCAUCAUCCCCCACGACUCGUACGCCUCCGCUUUGCCCCCGCUGGUGGAUGGUCUGCUGGUGGACAGUCUGAUGGCCAUUUGUAUGCGCCAGGGCCUCCUCAGCUCCAUGCUGGCCUUGCUGCUCCAGAUCUCACCACACAUCUUUCCCUGCACGCCUGAAGCUUUCUCUGAGGCCAACCAGCUGAGAGAUUCCAUCACAGCCCUUUAUCCCACUGGGUGCACCAGCUGCCCUGCAGCCAGUCCUCUGAGCAUCCGUGUGGAGGCUGUGGGGAAACCUCUCAUCCAGUUGGAACCCAACAAAGCCACCAUUGAGCUGACAGUCAUGAUCCAGGUGUUCAUUAACAGCCCAGACGGGCCCAUCAUCAACCUGCUGGUCCUGAGGGCGGACCUCGUUCUGAAUGUCCGCCUGUCGAUCUCCAGGGGCAGCCUGGUGCUGGCCCUCUCCUUGGGCAGACUUGCCCUCCUCUUGGAGUCAUCUGACGUUGGCAUCAGAGAUAUCUCCAACCUGAAGCCACAAUUCUUUAAGCUGCUGGUGGAGACCUACAUGCCACUUCUCAAUGCUGCUGUAACUCCAGGGUUACCCGUGCCAAACCUGUUCAAAAUCCCUAUGACGAGGAUGCACUUCCAGAUCUUGAAGGGAAUGCUGGUGAUCCUCCUGUGAGCUGUGCGAGGUGCAGACAGCUCUGGAAAGAAAGAGAGUGAAGAUCCAGCCAGGAUGGAGCGCUGGGACCAACAUUAUCAUCUUUCCUUUUCUAAACGUACUGAGAGGUUCUUGGUAAUAUUUAAGGCGCUUUAAAUUCAACUGGCUUCCACGGUACUGAGAGGUUUGCAUGAGCCGACACCAGUUAGGCAGCUCUGUGUAGAGAUAUUUAUUUAGAGAAAUGAGGUCACGGUUGUAGAAGUGGCAGCAAAGUUGUUAAAUUCCUCGAGAAUUUGGUCUUUGGGUAAGUUGUUGUCAGUGUGAUGAUAAAGUGAACUUUGUGCACGUGGCUCUCCAUGUGGAUGUCACCAUCUGUGCUGAGAAAAGGCCGAAGCGCUGAGCAGGAGCUCGGGAUGCGUUUGUCAUUCAUUCCUUCAGUAAUAAACAUUCGUUCUUUUUUAGUGCUCA